AUGAUACUCAAGUCGGCUCUUACAGCUGUCGUCCUUUGUCUCGCCGUUGAAGGAGCUGCCGCCCUCGAUCCAAAAUGUGCACCAGGAGGCAAUUUUGACCUGUCGUACUGGAAUCUCCAGCUCCCCACUGGCAAAACUGGCCAUCCCGCGACCAAAACGCCAUCUCAACUGAAAGGCUGCGAUGGGUACCAGGAGUCUGGAGUUUUCUACACCGACAGCAAGGAUGGAGCCCUAGUGAUGAAAGUCCCCGGUUCUCCUUCCUCUACCGCCUGCGUGACGACCCCCAAUAGCAAACACUGUCGCACUGAACUCCGUGAGCUCAGCUUUGAUAGCGGUGAUAAGGCUAGCUGGAGUCCAUCCGCGCCGAAGAACCGACUGAAGGCCACCGUCACUGUACCAACACCGGAUGAUGGGUCCCACGGCACUGUCAUCGGUCAGAUCCACAUCGAUGACACCAUCUCGACUAAGCCCGUCUGCGAGCUCUAUUACAGCAAAUCGGGUGAUCUAGUUAUGGGAGUUGAAAAGACGCGCGAUGGGGGCAACAGUAUCUUCACGAAGGUGGGAAAUGUCUCUGUUGGGGAGAGAUUUUCGUAUGAGAUUCGAUAUGAGUCGGACGAGUUGAGCGUCAGCAUCAACGGAGCGGCACCGCAGAAACUGGAUACAUACUCUUUGGAUUCGCCCAGGUCGUACUUCAAGGCUGGUAACUAUAACCAGGGAGAUUCGGCUUCAGAAGUGCACUUUUAUGAACUAAAUGUUGAGCAUUAA